AUGGCCAAGAAGAGAGCGAGAGAAGCCGACGGUGCGGCACCUGACCCAGACAGGAUGCAGGAAGACGAGAGCUCAGAUGACGACGAUUUCGACAUUGUCAAUGUCGACUUUGAGUGGUUCAACUUUACAGAGAUUGAUUUCCACGGCGUGAAAUCGCUCCUGAGGCAGCUCUUGGAUGUCGACUCACAACUGUUCGACGUCUCGGGGUUGGCCGAUCUCAUCAUAAACCAGUCGACCAUUGGCUCAACGGUCAAGGUUGACGGCAAGGACACGGACCCGUACGCCAUGCUCACGGCGCUCAACCUGCACGAGCACCGCGAGAAGAAGCCCGUCACAGAUCUGAUUCAGUAUAUUGGCGACAAGGCCAAGGCCAUUGAGCCCCUGGCACCACUGCCCGAGCUCCUGGCGUCUGGAAAGCACGUGGGCCUGGUGCUGGCGGAGCGCUUGAUCAACAUGCCCUCGGAGAUCUCGCCACCCAUGUACAAUCUGCUGAUGGAGGAGAUUGAGGCGGCGGUGGAAGACAAGGAGCCCUACGAAUUCUCGCAUUACUUGAUCCUGUCCAAGGUGUACCACGAGGUCGAGUCGACGCUCGACGUGCUGGACGAGCGCAAGAAGAAGAAGGGCAAGGUGGCCGAGCCGGCCGUCUUCUACUUCCACCCCGAGGACGAGGUGCUGGCCAAGCACGCCGUGGCCUCGGGCAGCUACGAGUUCACCAAGCACAGUGAGGCCGUCGCUGACAGCAAGCGCGCAUUUCAGGAGAUGGGCAUCCAGCCCAAGGGUUUCCUGAUGCUCAUUGAGGCGCCAAAGUUUGCGGGUGCGGUCAAGGCCAUCAACGACUAUCUGAGUCCCCCAUCAUAA